GUACUCCGCUCGUAUUGCGUGUGUUGCUCGCGACCUAACAGUUACACGACAUUCCUCGCGUGCAGUGAAACUUCACGAAAAUUAUUAUAUUGCAAAAGCAAAUGGGCAUCGAUAGUGAAACCUAAACUUGUGAUGAUGCACAGUGUUCUGUGAUAGUUUGUUGUCACCUGACAGUAAGUUAGUGAUAGUUUACAUUGAGAGUUUCGCAUAGAUCGGGAAAGGACUGAAGUGACAGUUGGGUGUGUUUCGUGCGAGUUUUUCCUCCAGGGAUUUCUUGUCGCUAGCCGGAGGCCGCUGGCACACCGGCCCCGACAUGGAGGUAUACUUCGACAGCGACCUGAAGGACGUGUGGGAGGCGGACAUCGACCCGGAUAUGCAGGAGGUUCUCGACGAAGACUCAGAAAUGAACGAUUGGCUGAUCAGAGACUCCAAGUCGGGAGUGGUGUUGCAUGACAGACUGAUGACAGAUGCAGCCCUGGGCGCAGCACCAAUAAAGACAGAACACUCCUACAGCUUACAUUCAGACGUUGAGUCCGCACCAUCUUCACCACACCAUACCAAAGUAGAUGAUAUGGAAGAUGAAUGCUACCCCGCAAUGCCAGCUAGCGCGUGGAGUAACAGGCGGCGGUCCAGCGACUCCCCUCCACGGGAAGUGAAGAGAGAACCCAAAUCAGAACCCGAGUCGCCAGCCUCCUCCUGUCCACCCUCACCGACACCCGGCACACCUGUUACACACCUCGACUAUGUCAUCGACCACACGACGGGAACUAUUCACAUGCCACAAGCGGUGCUACAGAAAGUGGGGGCUGCAGGGGUGCCACAGCUGCUAUUGAGCGCAGCGCCGCGGUUGGCCAACUCUCUCAGCUCCAACAAACUCUCUAUUAAAGUCACCUCCAGUUCCAGUGGCUCAGGUUUCAAUUUGCCACCAACGCCGCCGUCAUCUCUGUCGUCAUCAGACAGCGAGGGUGCUCUGUCGCCGGCGCACGAGGCAGGAGGUGCGGGGUCCGCGGGCGGCGCAGGGGGCGGGGGAGCUGGCGCCACGGGCUCCUCCAGCCGCCGCCCCCACCUCUACAUGUCGCAUCAUUCCAGACAACCCAUCAACACGCCACUUAUCAGCAGUCAACCGAAAGGUUCCACUGGUACAUUAGUGUUAACAGAAGAGGAAAAACGAACACUAUUGGCUGAGGGAUAUCCAGUUCCGACCCGUCUACCUCUCACGAAAGCUGAAGAGAAGUCGCUCAAGAAAAUAAGAAGGAAAAUAAAAAAUAAGAUAUCAGCACAGGAGAGCAGACGCAAAAAGAAGGAAUACAUGGACCAGCUGGAGAGGAAAGUCGAAAUCUUAGUAUCAGAGAACACCGACUACCGGAAACGGGUCGACUCUUUGGAACAGAAGAACGCGAGCCUGCUGAGCCAGCUGGCGGCGCUGCAGGCGCUGGUGACGCGCAGCGCCCGGAAGUGACGUCGCUCGGCGAGCCCGAGUGACGUCACCCCGCGCCGCGCGCGUGUCACCACCGCGCGCGCGCCCGCCCCCUACAGGCUGUGAGGAAACGGAAACGGAGAGAUUCUCACAGUUGGAUAGUUGGUAAUUAUACAUUGCCCCGUUUCGGAGUACCUAUAUUUUUACCGAUGUAUAUUUUGGAUGUAUUUACAUUAAUGUAGCGAACCAGCGGUACCCAAUGGGGAGGACUGUUAGCGUUUGAAUGGUUGCUCACUAUAGUAGGUUAGGUUCGAUGUGGUGCUGGAUUUGUUAUGCCUACGUUCCGAUUAGGUGUAUGUACUAGCUGUCAAGUGCCACUAGAUAUUUAUUUUAACAGCUAUUCGAUUUGGUCAGCCGAGAUGCGUGUGAGAGGCGUCGACUCGAUCACAGGGUUAAUACUGGGCUCUAGCAUAAGUGUCGAUAGUUUCGUAUGUGUUAAUUGAAAUCUCGUAAUAUAUUCUUAUUAUGCUCUAGAACGUUACAUAAUUUAAGUUCUAAUUUGUGCGUGUUUUUUAUUAAAAUAUGCAAAUAGGUUAAGGAUUACUAAAUUGUUACCCAAAGCAUACAAUAUUCUGAUACGUCGCUGCGCCAACGAUGUAGCAGGACAUGUCUAUACGGCAUAAUUAUGGGUUGUUGAAUAAUUGUCGCGUUGUUGGCCUAAUAAAUAAAUUUUAGCUCGAUUUAUGUCUUUGCGUCACAUAUUUAUAGCAAAUUUAUACAGCCGACUAUAUUGUAAACUAUAUUUUUCACGUUAAGAGUCGAGAAUGCAUCGAAAUCAUAUCAAUGAAAUGCAAAUGUAAUAAAUAUUCCAUUAGAAUAUCAUGUCUAUUCUAUGAUGCGCAAAUGUUAGGUUUUAUAAAUUUUAUCCUAUAGUAUAUUAAUAUUUAAAGAAAUCCGAUUGAUUUCUUCGAAAUCGAUUACUUCUUAAUGUAGUCUCGUUUCUUGAUCAUCUCUAUACGAAUUUACAAAACUUACGGUUGUCGUGUGCGUGCACGUUAUAGGGAAUCUUGUAGCAUAAUAUUGUAAGACGAUCGGUGUACGUGGUAUGCCUAUAUCGCCUUACUGAAUAAUAUUGAAUUCCAUGAAUUUGCAUUUAUAGCGGAACGUUUAUCACCCUAGAGAUUUUAUCUUGUAUUUAAGAUAACGUUAGAUGUAUGUAUCUAAUAGAGGAACUAUGCAGGCUUUAAGGGGAAUCGCUGCAGUCUUGUUAAGUAGUGUUUUGGUUUGUAAUAUUGAACAACAUUAAUAUAAUUGGUCUAAUAUUCUACUUCUGGGUGAUUGCCUAUUCUACCUUCUUCAUACCAAAUCAUUAAAGAUAAUAAUGAAGAGUAAUGUACGCCUUAUUAACUAUUCUUUCUUAUCUUCUCUUUUUUUUGAUUAUAUUAAAUUUUAUUACAAUGACUUCUAUGUAGGUAUAGCAUCAAAAAUAGUCUAAAUUGCACGUUCAAUCAUAAUUUUAUUAACUUCGAUCAUAAUUUAAUUAACUAUGUAAAAUUAUUAAUAUUUAAUAAAUACAUAGGUAUUUCAAUUUUAAAUGAAAAGUUACAAUAUAUCGUUCUAUUCUGUAAUCCGGUACUUCAUGAUGAAGUAGUUCGCUGUUUACAAUAAUUUGAUAACUUUAAAUAAAAUUGAUGCCUUUACAAAAAUAUUAUAUUAUUUAACAUUCAGUUUCAUUAUGAUGCCGACUGUACUUACAUAAUAUUCUACUCUUGAAUGCAACACUUACAGUGAUUAUCAUAAUUUAUAUUAGGCUAUAUGUAGAGAUCCGGUGUACAUACUUUAAAAGAUCACUAAAUAUC